AUGAAUGACAACGCCAAUGUUUCAACGAGAUCGAUCAAGCGUGAGGCUCAGAACGGAGCAGUGCGGCUGCAGCAGGUAUGCGGCUUCACUUCCGCUUUGCUGCAGAUCAGAAGAGGCGAGGAGUUCACCUUUGAAGACAAAUUUGAAAUUGCGAACGGCAAGCGUGGAGGAAAGAAGUGUCGAGCGACAUGUCGACAGGCGACGAUGACCAUCGACUUUGGAAACGGCGAAACUGCUGUUCUCCACAUUGAAGAGAAAAGCAGUGUCCCCAUUGCCGAAGUCGAUCGUCAUGGUCCUGUGAAGAGCGGCACGUACAGCAGUAACGUGCGCACACCUGCCACGGCGCGCCAGGAGCAGCACAUUGCCUGCGUCACUGCGGCUGCUAGAUUCUGUCGGAGCUGUAUCUCUGCGCUGGCAGGCGCCGCAUCUCACACGGGUCACCAGCGCGCUCGCAUCGAAGAGGUUUGCAGUCGGAACGGCCUGUGA